GUUCUUAUUUCUGUUUUCUGGCUGCCUAUCAGGCAUCACAUUUCCUCAUAACAUAUUAGAAGAGACACUAUUUGAAUGAAUAUGAUAUAGCUUGAAAGUUGUGCACCCUUAUACGCUACCAGAAAGCAUUUGCUGCAGUCAUGGCGUGGAUUCAAAUCAUCCUCAUUAUCCUCCCCGCAUCUUGUUUUGUGUCACUAGCAGGGCUAACGUACACUUUCCUGGGCCAUUCGCUACACGACUAUACUACCUUGGCAGACAAUCAAGCGCACGCAGCGAUCCAUAUUCCCGAAACGUUGGCAUUGACAGCCGAUACUCUGCUCAGCAUUAGCUUGUUCAUCCGCGGUUUUGGGGCAUACAAGUCAUGGAAAGGAUUGGGAUCUGUCCUCCCAGAAGUCUACCUGGUUGUAUUGCUUGCGGCUAGGGCAUGGUUCGCGGCUGAGAGCCCGUUCUGGACUGCGCAGCUUCAGUCUCAUUCAGCAGCAUUGUAUGCCGUCAGGUUCUCCUGUGCGGUUGUUGCAGCUGGGUACUCCUACUAUAUGCGGCCUGGACGCCGAUCGAUUGGCUUGGGUGCCGCCAGGUUGCUGCUUCUUGGCACAUUGAUCUGGACGCAACCAUUGAGGUAUUGACCACUUACGUUUAUUCUAGGUACUCUUGUAAGGACACGGGGUUUGGUCUUGUUGGAUGCAAGAGUUGUGCGUUACUGCUACAAGAAUUUGUGUCAAAUUAUAGUGAAGUACCGACUGUUGGGUGCAAUGAGUUCAUGGGGGAGGGUAUGAAUACGAUCUGUGAGAUAGUCUGGCAUUCGUGAGUUUACAAUCGAAUUCUGG